CUGUGACUGACUGAACUAGAACAAACCACCUUCAAGCAAUGUGAUACGAUAAGCAGCUUCCACAUGCUGUUAGAAGGAAAUUCAAGUUGUGACAAGUGAGAAGCACACAUUUUUAAACAGUGCUACAGUAUGGCUGCCAAAAGAAGUCUCUUUGGGGACCACAACGCUGUCAAGAGUCUAAUUCAGGGUGAAUCUCCUGAGCCCAGCUGUGUGUCCUUGAGGAGUGCUGAAUCAAUGGGCACACCAGUUAACUUAAAGGACUCUUCUGCUGAUGUCAGUCUAAUUCAGCGUGAAUCUCCUGAGCCCAGCUGUGUGUCCAUGAGGAGUGCUGAAUCAAAGGGCACACCAGUUAACUUUAGGGAAUCUUCUGCUGAUGCCAGUGACAAGCAGGAUGGAUCAGUUUUGCUUGAAAAGAAGAAGUUGGACGCCAUUUUUAAGGAGCUUAAGCCCAAAAUGAUCUCUCUGGUGAAAAAAGAGCUGAAAAGGUUCAAGAGAUUACUGAAUCCAGAUUACCCAGUAUGCUCUGGGAGAGAGUGGGAUGAUGAUGAUAAAGGUCAAGACAGAAUCAGACAGGGGAUUCUGAAAAUAACACUGCAUGUCCUAAGGGAGAUGAACCAGGCAGACAUCGCAAACACAUUACAGACAAAAUGUGCCCCUAUAUGUCAACAAAAACUUAAAUCCAAACUUAAAGACAAAUUUCAGAGAAUUAACGAAGGGAUCUUCAAUCAAAUUAGCUCAACACUGCUUAAUGAGAUCUACACAGAGCUCUACAUCACAGAAGGAGGGAUUGGAGAAGUCAAUAAUGAGCAUGAGGUGAGACAGAUUGAAACAGCAUUCAGGAGACCAGAGACACCGGAAACAUCAAUCAUAUGCAAUGACAUCUUUAAAGCCUUACCUGGACAAAACAAACCCAUCAGAACCGUGCUGACUAAAGGAGUUGCUGGAAUUGGCAAAACAGUGUCUGUGCAUAAAUUUAUUCUGGAUUGGGCAGAAGAAAAAGACAAUCAGGAUGUCCACUUCAUAUUUCCACUUCCUUUCAGGGAGCUCAAUUUGAUGAAGGAGAAAUACAUCAGUCUGAUGGAGCUUCUUCAUCUUUUUUUCAAAGAUACAAAAGAACUGAGAUCACCAGACUAUGAGGAUUACAAGAUUGUGUUCAUAUUUGAUGGAAUGGAUGAAUGUCGACUUCCUUUAAAUUUCACAAAAAAUCCAAACCUGUUUGAUAUAACAGAACCGGCCUCAGUGGAUGUGCUGCUGACCAAUCUCAUCAAGGGGAAUCUGCUUCCUUUAGCUCUCCUCUGGAUCACCUCUCGACCAGCAGCAGCCAGUCAGAUCCCUCCUGAGUGUGUUGACCAGGUCACAGAAGUACGAGGGUUCAAUGACCCUCAGAAGAAUGAGUAUUUCAGGAAGAGAAUCAUUGAUCAGAGUUUGGCCAGUAGAAUCAUCACACAUGUCAAAUCAUCAAGAAGCCUCUACAUCAUGUGUCACAUCCCAGUCUUCUGCUGGAUUUCAGCCACUGUUCUACAGAGAAUGUUGUGUGAAGCAGAGAGUGCAGAGAUCCCCAAGACUCUCACUCAAAUGUUCACUCACUUCCUGAUCUUUCAGACCAAACUAAAGUCUCAGAAAUAUGAUGGGAAAUGUAACGUAGAUCCUCAGCUGACUCAGAAUAAUAUUCUGUCACUAGGAAAGCUAGCUUCUGAGCAACUAGAAAAAGGGAACCUGAUCUUCUAUGAGGAGGAUUUGAGAGAGUGUGGCAUUGAUGUCAGAGAAGCAUCAGUGUACUCUGGAAUUUGUACUCAAAUCUUCAGAGAGGAGUUUGAAUUGUACCUGGGGAAAGUGUACAGCUUUGUGCACCUGAGCAUUCAGGAGUUUCUUGCUGCUCUAUUCAAGCUAAUUUCUUUUAUUGGGAACAAAGAGAACAACUCAAAUAUAAUUGAGUUUCUAAAGAGUGAAGUGAACAGGGCCAUACAGAGUGAGAGUGGACACCUGGAUCUUUUCAUCCGAUUUCUUCUGGGUCUCUCGUCAGUGUCCAGUCAGGCUCUUCUGCGAGGCUUGUUGGCACAAACAGAAAGCAUGUCCUCAAGCCAAGAGGAAAUAGUUGAGUACAUUAAGAUGAAGAUCAGGGAGAACAUCUCUCCAGAGAAAUCCAUCAAUCUCUUUCACUGUCUGAAUGAACUGAACGAUCAUUCACUAGUGCAGGAGGUCCAGACAUACUUGAGCAAAACAGGUGCAAGCCGUUUGUCUGGAGCCAGACUUUCUCCUGCUCAGUGGUCAGCUCUGGUGUUUGUGUUGCUAAAUUCAGAUGAGAAACUGGAUGAGUUUAAUCUAAGUAAAUAUGAUCAGUCAGAGGAAUGUCUUUUGAGGCUGCUGCCAGUAGUGAAAGCAUCUAGAAAAGCAGAUCUGAGUGGCUGUGGUCUCACUGAAAAAAGUUGUUUGGCACUGGCCUCAGUUCUCAGCUCAAACUCCACAAGUCUGAGAGAGCUGAACUUGAGCAACAACAACCUAGAAGAUUCAGGACCGAAAUACCUCUCUACUGAAUUAAAGAAUCCACAAUGUAAACUGGAGACAUUAAAGCUGUCUGGAUGCCUAAUUAGAGAGGAAGGCUGUGCUGCCCUGGCUUCAGCUCUGAGAUUAAACCCUUCUCAUUUGAGAGCACUAGAUUUAAACUGGAACAAACCUGGAGACACAGGAGUGAAGCUUCUUUCUGUUGUACUGAAGGAUCCACACUGUAAACUGGAGAAACUGCAAUUGUGGGACUGUAAUAUUGGAGAGGAAGGCUGUACUGCUCUGGCUUCAGCUCUAAGAUCAAACCCCUCACACCUGAGAGAACUCAACCUGAACUAUAAUAAACCAGGAUGUUCAGGAAUGAAGCAACUUGCUGCACUACUGAAGGAUCAGCAUUGCAAAUUGAUGAAAUUAAUGCUGUACGACUGCAGUAUUGGAGAGGAAGAUUGCGCUGCUCUAAUUUCAGCUCUAAGGUCAAGCCCAUCACACCUGAUAGAAUUGAAUCUGAACUACAAUGAACCUGGAGAGUCAGGAGUGAAGCUACUCUCUACUCUACUGAAGGAUCCACAAUGUAAACUGGAGAAAUUAAAGUUGUCUAAUUGCAGUAUUAAAGAAAAAGGCUGUGCUUCUCUGGCUUCAGCUCUGAGAUCAAACCCCUCACACCUGAGAAAGCUGGAUCUGAGCUGUAAUAAACCAGGAGAAUCAGGAGUGAAGCAGCUUUCUGCUCUGCUGAAGGAUCCACAUUGUAAACUGGAGAAGCUCAAGCUUUGGAAAUGCAGAAUUGGAGAACAAGGCUGUGUUGCUCUGGCUUCAGCUCUAAGAUCAAACUCCUCACACCUGAGAAAACUCAACCUGAAUUAUAACAAACUAGGUGAUUCAGGGGUGAAGCGUCUCUCUGAUCUACUGCAGGAUCCACAGUGCAAACUGGAGAAACUAAUGUUGUCUGAAUGCAGUAUUGGGGAAGAAGGUUGUAUUGUUCUGGCUUCAGCUCUAAUGUCAAACCCCUCUCACCUUAGAUUCCUGAAUUUGGGCAAUAAUGAACUAGGGCACUCAGGAGUGAAGCACAUCUCUGAUCUACUACAGAAUCCACUCUGUAAACUGGAAAAACUAUGGUUGUCUAACUGCAAUAUCACAGAGGAAGAUUUUGUUGUCCUUGCUUCAGCUCUGAAAUCAAACCCAUCACACCUGAAACAUCUGAAUCUAAGUAAGAAUAAAACAGGAAAUUCUGGAGUGAUGCAGCUCAAUGCUCUACGAAAUGAUCCAUGCUGUAAACUACAAUGUUUUAACUGGUGAAUACACUGGGAGGUGUCUUGGAUAAGAUAAAUAUUAUGUCUACUACUGCAAUGUGCAACCAUCAUGAAAGUCAUUCUAACAGCUUCAUCUCUUUGUCUGCCCCUGGGUUGACACACUUCCUCAUGGAUAACCCAGGCAUGACCCAGGCUUUCAUAUUUAACUUGGGACAGCACAAAAUCAGCACUGAUCAUUUGUGGUUAGAGCAAUCAAUACAGCCCUAAGAUCCUGAAAAUAAAUAGCAGUAAUAGGAUUAAUUAUGUGAAAUAUAUAUUAUAUGUGAUAUAUACAGUAUUUAUACAUAUUUUUAGGUUUCUAAAUAAGAGCCACAGACACACUCCUCUGUUUAUCAUUUCACUUUUGAAAAGUGUUAUCAUGGUGAAUCCUUCUUUAUAUUCUAGAUUUGGCUCACUGAGGGAUAACUACACACUCUUGGUCACCACAUACAUUUGUUAUCAUUACAGUUUUUGUGUUUUAUUUUGUUUUUGUUAUUUUGAUCAGCUGUAUAUAUUUAAAGUGCCCCUAUUAUGGGUAAUAAAAGGUUCAUAUUUUGGUUUUGGGAGUCCCCAACAACAGGGCAUGCAUGCAAGGUCAAAAAACACUUUCAUUGUCUUAUAAUAUGCAUUUAUUUUUAUCUUAUUUGCUCAAUGACUCCCAAACGAUUUGUGACGCUAAUCUGCGGUGAUUGGUCGAUUUCAUUUCCAUAUCAUAAUAACCUUAACCCUAACAAUAACUUUAUACACUGUGCACUUUCAGAUUUAAAACUUUGCAGGAUGUUUUCAUUCACUUAGAACUGUUACACACUGCAUGAAAGGUAAUCCAAAAAUCCAUAAUUGGAGCACUUUAACCUUUAGUACUUUUACUAAUUGCUUAAAAUAAUUUCUCAACACCUUUUUAUUUGUAUUUUUAAUUAUGUAUUAUUAUUAUUAUUACAUUUUUUUGUAUAAACCCAAUUUUGAAUGAGGAGCUGCACUUUGAUUAUCUUUGUUUAGAAGUUCCUUCCAAUGCACAUUAGUGUUGUUCAAUAUCAGUAACAAAAAUUUUAGAUAAAAAUUUUUUAGAACUGUACUCAAACAAAAUCAACAAAAAUAACAUUUUAUUCUAUGGACAAGAAAAAACAAACCAAAAAUUCUAAAAUUUUGUAUAUAAAAAAAACCUUAACAAAAUUAAUUAAAAUAAUAAAAACAUGUUAAGAUCAUAAAACAAGAUUAUGAGUACAAUAUUGUAAUAGAUCAUGAAUUACUAGUAGUGAAUGUAACAGUGCAGGUUUACUUGUGCAUUUUACCCAUGCAUUAAUCUCAUAUAUGAUGUUCAGAAAUGGGUACAAUUACAUCAAAAAGUAUUUUGAUACAAAUUAAUUUUGUAAAAAUGUAUUUUGUUACUUCCUCAUCAAAUCUAUCCAAAUAAAAUGCAAAACACUGAUGUAAGUAUUUUAAAAAUACAAGCAAUUUUUAAUGUGAAAAUACAAAAAUAUAUGAAAAAUUUAUACACAAUCAUGUGCAAGACAUAUAUUUAGAUGUUGUAUACACGUAGGAGAAAGAGAGGUGCUUUCCCUAUCACUGCCAGAAAAAAAAAAAAAAAAAGAAAAAUUGAAGAUGUUUAUGACGUACUUUCUUCAGAUGGACACAAGCAAAUAUGUUUAGUCCGUAUAAUGUGGGGACAGGAACCAGAACCAGAAACCACACAAAGUGAACAUGACGGUCAAGUUUAAAAUAUUAGUAUUUGUAUUGUUCUUACAUAUGGAUGUGUAACAUAUCAUUUCACUUAAGACACUGAUUCAUUAACAGGGGUUACUGUCAUAUUCACUUUAUGUAGUUUUUGAAGUGUCAUUUUUGGAUGUCCUAUACACUUGCAUUAUAUGAAGAGAGAUGAUGUUUUUUUUCCUAAAGCUCUUGAAAGUUGAAAGUCAUAUAUACCUUUCCCUGUACACCGUAAAAUAAAAAAUAAAUAAAUAAAGUUGACCUAACUCAAAAAAAUAAGGCAACCUAUCGCACUCAACUAAGUUAACUCAACUAGCAACCAACAACUUAAAAACUUUAGUUCAUCUAUUGAAUAAAAGUCAGUCUAUUAAGUUUUAAAAGAUCUGUCAGAUCAACCAGGGAUUGUUUUAAUAUUUAGCAAUGCUAAUAUUUUUUAACAGUCCUCUUUCUUUUAUAUUUACAUUUGUUUUCAAAGCCCACUACCUAAUAUAGGUAGUAUGUGCCUCUUAAAACUAAAGGUAAACAUUUAUGCUGAUAGACAUACAUGUAUUAAAUCCAGCAGUUGCAAUGAGAUGCACACAUACAGUACCUCAGCACAUGAUUCUCAACCAUGGUGAGGAUCAACACAUGUUUAAUUAGUAAAAAUAUUAACUCUGAUCCACAUGACAGCUAACUGACAGUGACAACAGCAUAAAUUGAGCCAGUAAAAUGUAAAACAUGAUACUUAUGAUAAUAUUUUAAUAAUAAUGAACAUAAAAUGUUUUCAAGCUGCAAUGCAUGCUGGUAACUUGUACAAUGUUGUUCAGUGUAAUAUUGUUUGUUCAGAUGACUCAAUUUGAAAAGUUUACAUUUUACAUUUGGAUAUGUUGUGAACAAAUAUUUGAGUAUCUAAGUAAGGUAAACAAAACUUUUGCUAGUGACAUGUUUAGAGUAUUUUUGUUUGGUUCACACACACACACAAAAAAAAAAUUAAACUCACUUCUACUAAAAA